ACAAUUCACUAGCUGUUGCCUAAUCUUCUGGACUACUAGUACAUUUAUAUGUUCAAUCUUUUCUGAAACCCAUUUCAUUAUAAGUCCUUCUCAAUUUCCACCUACCACCAAUUCUUUGGCUUCAUAUUAGUCUAGUCUUGGUUUUUUGACUCUGAUUUGGAGUGCGAAGAAUUAUAAAAUGGCGGCAGGAGCUGUUCCAACUUCAUUUACAGGCCUGAAGAGCAGGGAAAAUGGUGUGGGGUUUGCUAAAAGUUUGGACUUUGUAAGAGUUUCUGACUUACAGAGGGUUAAGUUUCGACGAACCAAGGUUUCUGUGAUAAGAAAUGCAAAUCCUGGUCCAGAAACCAUUGAACUUCAGCCUGCGUCCGAAGGGAGUCCACUACUAGUUCCCAGGCAAAAGUACUGUGAAUCCAUACACAAAACUGUCAGAAGAAAGACGUGCACGGUGAUGGUUGGGAACGUGGCCAUUGGUAGCGAACAUCCAAUCAGAAUUCAGACAAUGACUACAACUGAUACUAAAGAUGUUGCUGCAACAGUAGAACAGGUGAUGAAAAUAGCUGAUGCAGGAGCUGACAUAGUUCGAAUUACAGUCCAAGGGAAGAAAGAAGCUGAUGCAUGUUUCGAGAUUAAAAAUUCUCUGGUGCAAAAGAAUUAUAACAUCCCUCUGGUGGCUGACAUUCAUUUUGCUCCUCCUAUUGCACUUCGAGUUGCGGAGUGCUUUGAAAAAAUACGUGUCAAUCCUGGAAACUUUGCUGACAGGCGAGCCCAGUUUGAGCAAUUAGAGUACACAGAAGAAGACUACCAGAAAGAACUUGAGCAUAUUGAGGAGGUUUUUACACCAUUGGUGGAAAAAUGUAAAAAGUACGGACGUGCAAUACGUAUUGGAACUAACCACGGGAGCCUUUCAGAUCGAAUUAUGAGCUAUUAUGGGGACUCACCUAGGGGAAUGGUUGAAUCAGCAUUUGAGUUUGCAAGAAUUUGUCGAAAGUUGGACUUCCACAAUUUCGUCUUCUCAAUGAAAGCUAGCAAUCCAGUAGUCAUGGUUCAGGCGUAUCGUCUUCUUGUAGCUGAGAUGUAUGUUCAGGGAUGGGAUUAUCCUUUACACUUGGGAGUUACUGAAGCUGGUGAAGGUGAGGAUGGAAGGAUGAAGUCUGCAAUCGGUAUUGGCACACUUCUUCAGGAUGGUCUGGGUGAUACAAUAAGGGUUUCCCUAACUGAACCUCCAGAGGAGGAGAUAGAUCCCUGUCGACGAUUGGCAAACCUUGGAAAGAGAGCAGCUGAGCUUCAACAAGGAGUGGCCCCUUUUGAAGAAAAGAACAGACGUUAUUUUGACUUUCAACGUCGGUCAGGGGAAUUGCCAGCUCAAAAGGAGGGUGAUGAAGUAGACUACAGAGGGGUGUUGCAUCGAGAUGGUUCUGUUCUCAUGUCUGUUUCUUUGGAUCAAUUGAAGACCCCUGAACUUCUGUACAGAUCAUUAGCGGCAAAGCUUGUCGUUGGCAUGCCAUUUAAGGAUCUGGCAACUGUGGACUCAAUCCUGUUGAGGGAACUUCCACCAGUAGAUGAUAAAGAUUCUCGCCUAGCUCUCAAAAGAUUGGUUGACAUAAGCAUGGGAGUCAUUACUCCUCUGUCGGAGCAAUUGACAAAGCCGUUAUCUAAUGCCAUGGUAUUGGUUACUCUGAAGGAGUUAUCUGGUGGUGCUCAAAAGCUUCUUCCAGAAGGUACAAGAUUGGUUGUGUAUGUGCGUGGUGAUGAAUCAAAAGAUGAGUUGGAAAUCCUAAAGAGCACUGAUGUUACUAUGAUUCUUCAUAAUCUCCCAUAUACAGAAGAAAAAAUUGGCAGAGUUCAUGCAGCCAGGAGGCUUUUUGAGUAUCUCUCUGAAAAUUCAUUGAACUUUCCCGUAAUUCAUCACAUACACUUUCCCAGUGAUACCCACAGGGAUGAUUUAGUGAUUGGUGCCGGGGCAAAUGCAGGAGCUCUUCUAGUAGAUGGGCUCGGAGAUGGUAUUCUCUUGGAAGCUCCAGAUCAGGAUUUUGAUUUUCUCAGAAAUACAUCUUUCAAUUUGCUUCAAGGUUGCAGAAUGCGGAACACUAAAACGGAGUACGUAUCAUGCCCAUCGUGUGGCAGAACUUUAUUUGAUCUUCAAGAGAUAAGUGCUCAAAUAAGGGAGAAGACGUCACACUUGCCCGGUGUUUCAAUUGCCAUCAUGGGUUGCAUUGUGAAUGGACCUGGGGAGAUGGCUGAUGCUGACUUUGGAUAUGUUGGUGGUGCUCCUGGGAAGAUUGACCUUUACGUCGGCAAGACGGUGGUAAAACGCGGUAUUCAAAUGGAGCAUGCAACAGAUGCCUUGAUCCAGCUAAUUAAAGAUAACGGUCGUUGGGUGGAUCCUCCUAAGGAGGAGUAAGAUCAACUGGAAGAGUUUGACAGAUGGAACUGGGAGGGAGGGAGGGAGGUCAAGAUACAGUUGCAUUGUAAAUGCAGAUUCUAGCACCUGAUAAUAAUACAGCAUUAGCCAACUCCAGAGAGCUGCCAUUUCCAAGCAGCUGAGAUGUAGCUUUUAUGUUGUAGAAUCUAGUACAUGCAUGCAAAUGCAGAAUAUGAUUAUUCAUGUAUUGAUCAAUUCUAGUUACCAGUCCCCUUCUUGGGAAUCUAGUAAUAGGCUAUAUCAUCGUUCAUUGUUGACCAAUCUACAUAGUGAGGGCAGCACGGUGCACGAAGCAUCCCGCAUGGUCAAGGGAAGGGCCGCACCCUAAGGGGUGUACUGUAGACAGUCUACCCUAAUACAAGCAUUAGUGACUGUUUCCACGGUUCGAACCCGUGACCUA